CAAAUGGGGCAAGCAGCUUUAUUACCCCGCAGAAAAGGAGGUACCUAUGUUAUGGAGCUACAUGAGUGGUAUAGAAAAUUUAUCAAUGAGUGUCCUAGUGGACUGAUAACUCUGCAUGAAUUCCGAACACAUUUCUGCAAUGGAACAGUGGGCCAUGAUUCUUCAGAAUAUGCUGAACAGAUCUUCCGAACUUUGGACAGCAAUGGGGAUGACAUUGUUGACUUCAGAGAGUAUGUUACGGCCAUAAGUAUGCUAAUACAGGGUUCGCCUGAAGAAAAACUGAGGUGGUCUUUUAAACUGUAUGACAAGGACAAGGAUGGAUCAAUUACUCGCUCAGAAAUGUUUGAAAUCAUGCAAGCUGUGUACAAAAUGAGUGUGGCUGCCUCACUGACAAAAGUGAACCCGUUGACGGCAGAAGAAUGUACAAACAGGAUGUUUGCCAGGCUGGAUAAGGACAAAAAUGCUGUUAUCAGCCUGGAUGAAUUCAUUGAAGGAGCUCUAAAUGAUGAAUGGAUUCACAAAAUGCUGGAAUGUGACCCCAAUACUGUCAAAGUGGAAAAAGCACAGAAGAACAGUCAGGCUCUGUUUUAAACUGUAAUAUUAAAAGCACUGUUUAUUUUGGUCUGCAAAAAAAAUUCUUUGACGUUAAGUAUUUUCAGGUAUUUAUUUAUUGAUAUAGUAUUAUUCAAUGUGGUAUGAUUUAACAUAAAUAAAACUAAAUUCAUGCAAACUGUUUUCAGUUUUACAAAGAAUGACAAUGCAAAAUAUAACGUUCUUGGUUUUGAUGGUGAAAUUAUAUGGGAAAUAAAAUUCUGGUGUUUUCUUCAGUCAUGUUUAUGAAAGUAAUCAACAAUACCCUUACACAUGACA